AUGUCAUACAAACCUCUUUCGGCAACUCUUAACCCUGUUCAGCCACCGCGACAGCGAGCUCAGAAGGUUGACGACUCUGUCUAUGUCAAGCGUGGGACGAGUAACCAGAUUCGUAGAGAGGUUGAAGCUAUGGAUUUCGUUCGCCGGCAUACCUCCAUACCCGUUCCUACCGUGCUUCAAAUACAUGUUGACGAGAAAGAUGCGGAUCCGAGCAGCUGGUUCUCGAUGGCUACGAUACCCGGCUCUCCUCUAACGGAUGCGUGA